UAUGUAAAUAAAUCGAAAUGAAGAAGCUUUAGAAUUUUUUGAAUAUGCUAUUAAUAGAAAUCCUGAUGAUGAUAUCAAUUAUGCAUUCAAAGGUAAAUUGAAAAUAAAAAAUAAAAAAUAAAGCUCAUGCACUAAUGAUAAUGAAUCGAAAUGAAGAAG